AUGUCCGCCUCUCCGACCUCCUCAGCACUUCAGCGCAAGCCCCUCCCAGCUUCCCAAGUGUUCUCUGCUUCGGCUUUGCCUCUCCACCUUCCAGCACUGGACAAUGUUCUGAACGAUCCCCACCGCUUCCCAGCUUCCCGCUUCAGCUUGCCCGAUACGACAUGCUCCGCAGAGGAGCAUGAGCUCUUCGGCCUCGAUGAGAUCCAGGGUGGAGACAAAUGCAAGGCGAGGAAGCGGUCGAAAUUGCAUAUUGGCGGAAGACAGCUGAAGAUCGCGAUCAAGGAAGAAACAGGGGGUGCAGGGUCUGCUGUGAGCUCGAGGAGGUCCCUAGUCCGCAGGAAAGGCUUUCAGGCGCUUGUCGGAGAAGAAGAGGAGGCCGUUGACGACGAUGACCGGACGCUGUCAUCUCCCGCCAACAGGAACAUCAAGACGUCUAAAAUCAGCUCCGCCAGCUCCUGUCUGACCAGCGAUACUUCACCUGCAUGCAGUGAUCCAGUCGUCUUCCCACCGCUGAUGCUCCUGCAGACGGCUACUCUCCGCGAGCUCAAGUCCAACGCCGUCGGGCCGCGCAAGCCGCCAGGAGGCAUCCUUGCCGCUCUACCUGGCGUUCAGACCAUCCUCUCCACCAUUAUCGACCUGAUCAUCGGAGUCGAAGGGAGCACAACGGUCGUGUCGCUCAUCAAUCUGUCCCUCUUCAUAGACUUUGCACAGAUCAUGCGCAACAAUCUAAAUUUCGUCGAGGCGAGCGGGCAGGCGGACAUGUCGGCCGUCAAGCGCCUCUUGACAGUCACGAUUCCGUCCCUGCUCGCGCUGGACUUUGUCUCUGUCUUCGGGCUCGCCAUCGUCUUCUGGAUCGCAUGGAUCGCAUUGGUCGUCCUUGCGCUAGUAUGGUAUCUCAAGAUGACAUCUUCGUACAAUUUUAAUAGAGAUGUGCAGGGCUUCGAAGGGCAGCCUGACAUCUUCCGUUCACCAAAGAGGCGGAGCAAGGUCGCCAAUGUCUUGGUGACGUUCCUGCUCAUGGCAUUUUACCUGCCCCUAUCAAAGCUCUGCAUCGAUGGACUCGUGUGGGGCUCGGCAUUCUGGCCGACCGAUCUUGGGACUGGAGUCGCUGCGUCCGCGUCCGAUUCGUCGAUCCUUCGUUCGGACUUCUGCUAUACAACGACGAUGCGCGAAGACGACUUCAAUUGGGCAUGGAUCAUUCUCCCCCUCUCCAGCGCGGUCCUGAUAAUCUACACGGUCCUCUGGCCUCUGCAUCUGCGCAGGGUGAUACGGAGCAUGGCUCCCACAGUCAGCACAUACGACGAGCUAGGGAUCAAGCGCGACCACAGCGAAGUCGACGCGACGUACAAGCGGCUGCUGGACAACGACAAGUCCCCGCUCCUCUACCUCUACAGCGCCUUCCGCUCCGCACACGCGACAUAUAAACCACUCUACCUUAUCUUCUUCAAGUUGACGACGACAAUGAUCGUCGCCGUGGUCACCUCGCAGAAUUGCCUCUGGAGACACGUUGAUGCGCAGAAGAUGUUGGUCAUUGAGCAAGCGUUGCUGAUUGGCCUUCAAGUCGUCCUCCUUGGCUUGCACCUUGCGACGCGCCCCUUUGUCGAUGCCUCUUCGAACCGCUCAGAGCUAUGCUCCCGCAUCGCAUACGUCCUGACCGCCGUCGUUGGGCUCUUGGUCGCGACAAAGGUCGAAGGGGAAGGUGUUCUGCACACCGGCAUUAUCUACACCAUCCAAAUCUUUUCCUACGGCACUAAUUUCUACUUUACGUUCAUUAAGCUGGAUAUCACAGCGCAUUGGCUCAAGAGGUGCUGCAGCCGUCUGGACUUCUCAAUCGAUAUUCACAACCCGGCCGUCGAUCUGGAGAAGCACAUUAAGCGCAGAGUAUGGCAGGAGACUUUGUCCACCCUCCUCUUGACGGGCGAAGAUUACCGCAUGCCAGUGGGCAGCACUGUCACUUUUUCUCGCAGCGCGAAGUGGCCCCCCUCCUUACUCUUCUUCCAGGGCACGGCGGCAGAGAGGCACGUUGAGAACCUCAAGAUCGUCACGGACAUCGGUAUAAAAGAGUAUCGCAGGCAGCUGGAGAGGCUGAGAGGUCGAGAGGGGAAGGCACUCCGAUUGGCAAUGGACGCGAUCCAGAUACAAUUUGCUGGGCCGGAUAGCUACUAUCGCCCACCGCAGGCGCCCUUCCCACAAGGCGGGACCACUUGGUUUGGCAAGACGUUCUUGAUUCUAUUCCCGCCAACGCUCGUGAUGCAAUACGACCAAGCCAGCCAUAAGAGUGUACAACUCACACAGCUUGCCGAGCUUGAGGAAUUCUUACGACAGAAUCGCAGCGCAGAGGUCAAGACACGACGCAUGGUCAGGAUCGCCCUCAGGGCCCUCGACGGCCAGAUUGUGAGGUGUCACUAUGCAGCUCAACAUCCACACGAGCGCAGUGGCCACAGAAGACUUGCGUGUUCGAGUCGCAAGGCUCCCAGAAAUGUCCACGUCCGUACCAUAUAUACUGAGGGGAGGCUGAAGGUGAAGGUGCAGGACUUCCCAGGAUGGGAGUCGUACAACUUCUCUGCAGGCUUCGAUGUAAGCAUCACAUUCUCCCGCGGUCGUCGCGUGGACGCAGAGGGCGAGACGUGGAUCAAUGAGUCGAUCACAGUACCGGCAAGCGAGGCUUUCGGACUCGACGAGCAUUGUCAUCUUUCAAGACAAGUGAGUGACUUUCUUGCGCACAACGUGGGAAUAUUGAAUCAGCGCAGACCCGCUAUGAUGGAUCUUCUGCAGCGCUACCGCCGCAAAUUUUACGAUGAGGCCAAGCGCAAGGAGGAGGUGCUGGCGUAUUCGUUCCUCGACACCAUAUUCGAGCAGAGUACUCUCUCGUUCAGCGAGCUAGAGAGAUCUUUCGAGAAGGCAAGCCAGAUCGAGGCAGUCCAGUCUCUGCCCAGUCGCUUCCCAGGCUCAAUGACUGCCCUCUACGAGCGCAUGGCGCAGAUUCGCAAGAGCAAAGUGCACGCCUUCUGGUGGCUCUGGUGGGAUGACCUAUACCGUAUGAAUGCAGGAGACUACAAGCUCCUCCGCACACAUCGGACGACGUUCGAUCCACGUUGUUCGACUGCCAUAGCAUAUCGGCCCGUGCCACGCGCGUUCUUGGAACAGAUCCUCAUGGAGAAGGGUCUGUGGAGGAAGGAAGGUGCAAGUGGAUUCCUCAACAGAGGGCAGAUCAACCGCUUGUACUUUACGCUGAACCGCAUUGUCUUCGAUCGAGGCCGCAGAGAGCGAGUCGCCCACCCAGAGGACGCACCGCCUUCAUACGACUCCAGAUACAGAUCUGGGCUGGACAGCAAGCGCAUAGAGGUCGGACAGGGCUCAAAAUCCGCUCUUGUCGUGCCGCACGAUGCUUCUACACUGGUAGGAAUUCGGCAAGUGGGCAGUGCUGCGUCGGCAGCGGAGGAUGUGUGGCCUGGCAGCCGCUUCACCGGCGGUGGAACAGCGGACGACAGUCUGGGUACGAUAGUUGAUCGACCGGCGUAUCGCUGGGAGCAGCGUAUGAAUGGUCGACCACAAAGGAGCCUAAAAGGGAAGCUAAAAGAUCGCUGCUUGCAGGCGCUGUCCUUGAAGCCGUUUGCUGUCAAUCCUCACUUGGAGGGGUUGUGGGUAUUUGUUGAGGAGAGAGAUGGAAAGCUAGUGUUACAGGAAUCGUAG